CGCAUUAUUAAGACAUCAUCGCCGAGAUCCCGGCCUUCGCAGGCGUUUUCGGAGCUACCAUUGAACCCCCCAACCACCACCUCCAGGGUUUUCCCGUACUGCGCGGGUUAAUUUGUACAUUAUUUUCUCAGUUCUUCGAGUGUUUUGGCGACAUUGAUUGCGUUAUAGACUCUGCUUUUCCCCGCUGCGUCCGGUCGUCCAAGCUCAAGAUCGCUUGGACCAGAAACCCGCAAAUCUUGACGUCAAAUCGUCCUGAAGCUCUGCCCUUCGCCAAUCCACAAUGCUGCCCCGACAGCGCGUCCUUCGGCUAUCCGCUCCGAAAACCCCCAUAUUCUCGGCAUCGUCACGAAGCCUGAGCGUGUGCUCCGUCCCCGCAUCAAUACGACAUCGACGACAUGCUGCGCCCCGGCUACUGAGCUCCUCGAGGGGCCCUUGGCCCUCGUCUCUUUCGAACUUCUCGACGUAUACUGCGCUAGGCAAGAAGAAGGAUGGGUUCUUCGACGGCGCUACUGAGCCUCUUUCCGAGGAGGAAAAGAAGGCGAACCUCGAGAAAGCUGAAGCUGGGGAAAAGGAGGCUGCAAAGACCAAGUCGUCAACCUCCGAUGCGCCAUCCAACACAAGCGGCAAGGGCGCCCCAGAGUCCCCGGAUGGCAAAGGUAGCGCUGCUGGUGGUGCCUCGUCUGGCUCGGGAGGAGAUGACUCGGGGUCGACCGGCGGAAAGCGGGGGCGGAAGAGUGAUAAGGCGCUCGCGAAGCCAGUCGUGCCCGAGAUCUACCCACAGGUUCUCGCCAUACCGAUCGCAAAGAGGCCGCUAUUCCCGGGGUUCUACAAAGCCAUUACCAUCAAAGACCCCAACGUCGCCGCUGCGAUAACUGAGAUGUUCAAGCGGGGGCAACCCUAUGUCGGGGCUUUCCUGUUCAAAGAUGAGAAUGCCGAUGACGACAUCAUCCGCAAUGCGGACGAUGUCCACGACGUCGGCGUUUUUGCUCAGGUCACCAGCGCAUUUCCCAUGAACUCGCAGAGCGGCGAGGGCGGAGGUCUGACGGCGAUUCUGUACCCCCAUCGCAGAAUCCGACUGUCCUCGUUGAUCCCGCCUGGAGCUGCGGAUGCUUCGAAGGCCACCCCUGUCGCAGAGCCUAUUCCCGAGCCUACUCCCAAGCCGGCAGAGGAGGCGGACCAGAAGGGAGACGUGGUGGCGAGCUUUGAGGAGAGUGCCGUCGAGCAGAAACCAGAGAAAGCCGAGACGCCCAAGAAGCUGCACGAGGUGACUUCCUUCCUGAAGAAGUACCCGGUUAGCAUCGCCAACGUCGACAACCUCACCGAGGAACCCCACGAUCCCAAGAGCCAAGUCGUCCGUGCCGUCACGAACGAGAUCGUAAACGUUUUCAAGGAGGUCGCCAGCAUGAACAGCUUGUUUAGGGAUCAAAUCUCCACAUUUUCAAUUAGCCAGUCUGCCGGCAACGUCAUGUCAGAGCCCGCCAAGCUCGCCGAUUUUGCCGCUGCCGUCUCUGCGGGAGAGCCUGCCGAGCUUCAAGAAGUCUUGGAGAGCUUGAACGUCGAGGACAGGAUGCACAAGGCGCUCUUGGUGCUCAAGAAGGAGCUGGCUAACGCUCAGCUUCAGUCAAAAAUUACCAAGGAUGUGGAGAGUAAGAUUACAAAACGCCAGCGUGAAUACUGGUUGAUGGAGCAGAUGAAGGGCAUCAGACGGGAGCUCGGUAUCGAGUCGGAUGGCAAGGACAAGCUGGUCGAAAAGUUCAAGGAAAAGGCGGACAAACUGGCGAUGCCUGAAGCGGUGCGGAAGGUGUUUGACGAAGAACUUAACAAACUAGCACACCUGGAGCCGGCCGCUUCAGAGUUCAACGUGACCCGGAACUACCUCGACUGGCUCACGCAAAUCCCCUGGGGGCUGAAGAGCGCCGAGAACUUUGACAUCCGGAACGCCAUGACCGUUUUGGACGAGGAUCACUACGGCCUCAAGGAUGUCAAGGACCGCAUCCUAGAGUUCAUCGCAGUCGGAAAGCUGCGCGGAACCGUCGAGGGCAAGAUCCUCUGCUUCGUUGGCCCUCCUGGUGUGGGUAAGACGAGCAUUGGAAAAUCAAUUGCCCGCGCGCUGAACCGCGAGUACUACCGGUUCAGCGUUGGUGGUCUCACCGACGUUGCGGAAAUCAAGGGACAUAGGAGGACAUAUGUCGGUGCCCUGCCUGGCCGUGUCAUCCAGGCCCUGAAGAAGUGCAAGACCGAGAACCCCUUGAUCCUGAUCGACGAGAUCGAUAAGAUCGGGCGCGGCUACCAAGGAGAUCCUUCCUCGGCCCUGCUCGAGCUUCUUGACCCUGAGCAGAACAGCUCUUUCCUCGAUCACUACAUGGACGUCCCCGUCGAUCUCUCCAAGGUUCUCUUCGUCUGCACUGCCAACAUGACUGAUACCAUUCCGCGACCGCUCCUCGACCGUAUGGAGGUCAUCAGGCUGUCUGGAUAUGUCUCGGAUGAGAAGAUGGCCAUCGCUGAGAGGUACCUCGCGCCGCAGGCGCAGGAGCUCGCUGGCCUCAAGAAAGUUGAUGUGCAGCUGGCAAAGGCGGCAAUCGAGGAGCUCAUCAAGUCGUACUGCAGGGAAGCCGGUGUCCGAAACCUCAAGAAACAAAUCGAGAAGGUCUACCGUAAAUCGGCACUAAAGAUUGUUCAAGACCUGGGUGAAGAAGCGCUACCCGAGGCGGAGGCUCUUACAGACGAGGGCAAGGCUGCCCGCGAGGCGUCGGAGAAGGAGGGCAAAGCUCAAGAGGCCGACAAGGAAGGAACCGAAAACAAAACCACCGAGAAGCCGAGGCUACCGCUAAAGGUCCCCGAGAGCGUGCACGUCACGAUUGACAAGGAGAACCUCAAGGACUACGUAGGCCCCCCGGUCUUCACCUCGGACCGGCUCUACGAUGUCACCCCGCCAGGCGUCACGAUGGGCCUGGCCUGGACACAGCUCGGUGGCGCCGCGAUGUACGUCGAGGCGAUCCUCCAAGCGGCCCUCAAGCGGACCAGCCGGCCGUCGCUCGAGAUCACGGGCAAUCUCAAGACGGUCAUGAAAGAAUCCUCGACCAUCGCCUACUCGUUCGCCAAGUCCUUCAUGGCCAAGGAGUUCCCAGAGAACGACUACCUCGAGAAGGCCAAGAUCCACGUGCACGUGCCCGAGGGCGCCGUGCAGAAGGACGGGCCGUCGGCGGGCGUCACCAUGGCGACAUCCCUCCUCUCCUUGUCCCUCGACCACCCCAUCGACCCCGCCGUCGCCAUGACGGGCGAGCUGACCCUGACGGGCAAGGUGCUCCGCAUCGGCGGCCUGCGGGAGAAGACGGUGGCGGCGCGCCGCGCGGGCUGCAAGAUGAUCAUCUUCCCGCAGGACAACAUGUCUGACUGGCUGGAACUUCCUGAGAACAUCAAGGAAGGCAUUGAAGGCCGCCCGGCGAGCUGGUACUCGGAGGUGUUUGACCUGAUCUUCCCCAACCUGGACCGGGAGCAGGCCAACAAGUCUAAGAUUCGCGACGACAAGAAGGACGCCGACGAGAAGUCGGACGAGGAUAAGAGCGACGACUAGAGGAGCAUGGGAGAGAGCGGGGGCGGAGGGGGAGAGAGACAGAGAGGAGUCCAGCCAGCUAUCAUGGAGGUUGGCUUCAUCCCUGCGCCAAUAACAGCCGCUGUUGUUUAUUAGGCAAGUGGCCUCGACUUUGUGCCAAUGGAUGAGGUGCGGAAUUACCCACGCCCCACGGCGGCGCAUGGGAUUGUAGGAUCGAUCGGAGGGGGGGAGGCAAAAGGGCGAAGCGUGGAGUGAAUGGACGGGGAGCUGAGGGGGAGAUGGUGGGUGCAUUUACCUGGCGUUGAGCGGCGGAGGGGGUUGUGGACACAAAUGGAUGGCAAUGGCGAUGACAUCUUGGACUCAAAUCAUAGAACGGUGGCCGGCGCCGCCACGCACAUACACAUCCUCACUCUUUGUUAAUGGAAGCUCCGUUGCAUAUUA